AGUAGAUAACGACUGUUCAAUGGUGAUGGACUUUUUGAGAAAAUGGAGGGGGCAUUGAUCGUAAAAUCGAGGGAACUGUGCGUGCAGUCGCGAUAAAACUGCCAACGCUUGUUGAUGCUGUUUGGGUUCAAGUGACAUACGACGUGUACACAAGCUCCCGAGAGUAUCUCCACCUUGAGGAUUCACUCCUGGUCAGCGGAGUUCAGUGGCACGAAUUAUUCAAGCUACCGGUUGAUCGGUCGAUAUACCUGAUCAGUUAUGUCCGAGGUGGGAGCAAAAACGAGAUUGCAGAGGCUAAUGCAAGGAGAUGGCAAUAUCCGGAAUAUUCUGCUAUGCGGAAUGGCAGAACUCAUUGGUUCUGCAAUUCUCAUGCUCCUUGCCUGUGGUGGGGCUAUUGCGACUACCAAUGCGAGAGUGCCUGAUUAUCUACAACUGACCCUCAACGUUGGAUUCGCUGUUAUGAUUGUCAUCCAGAUAUUCGGCCACAUCAGUGGUGCACAUGUUAACCCAGCGAUUACAGUUGGAGCUGUGAUACUUAGAAAAAAAAACAUGACUCAAGCUGCAGUUCAUAUUGUCGCACAGUACAUCGGGACUCUCUUGGGCUAUGGUUUGUUAAGGCUGGCAACGCCAUCAGGCAUGAUGCGGGCGAGACCACAAGAAGGCGAAGGAUCUUUCUGCGUGACCGCACUCGCCGACAAGGUGUCAUCAACUCAGGGAUUGUUCGUGGAGUUCCUGGCGACAUUGAUUCUCCUGCUGGUAGCUGGAGCAGUCUGGGACCAGAGAAACCACCACAAUCACGACUCAGCUCCCCUGAGGUUCGGCCUUACCGUCACCUGUUUGGCCACUGUCUUUGGGCCCUACACUGGCUGCAUCAUGAACCCAGCUAUGUCUUUCGCACCAGCUAUUUGGAAUGGCGUCUGGCAGCAUCAAUGGAUUUAUUGGUUGGGACCCUAUGCUGGAGCUGUUGCUGGAGCUUUCCUUUAUAAAUUGGUUUUCGGUGUCAAGGAGGUGAAGAAGUGCGACCUCCCCGAGGCCAUUGCUCUUAAUCAUAUUGAUGGAGAGAAACCAGAGAAUGUUUGAUCAGCGAAAAAUGCUGACUAAAUGCUGUGGGUACCAAGCAAUUCACUGUGCCAUCACAGAAAUCUAGAUGUAGGCAUGUGCACGACACGGAUAUCCUGAAUGCUCGUCGUAUCAUCCUGAGCUGUGGUUAUGCCAUCCAGUGAUAGGGGUGAGGGGCCAUCUCUGCAUAAACCGCCCGGAGAGUUUACCAAACUGUGCUUCACUCGACUUUCAUAUUUCCAGGGAUAUAUAAACGUUUGCGUGUGUCACAACACGGGGUUGAGUGACUAACGUGAGGGUGUCUCACUGUCGAGUUGAAAUGAAAAGAUGAAAAUGUUGUAACUGGGACUUGCAUUCUCCACCAUUUGAAAUGAAAAAUGCACUCAAUCUUGUUUUUUUUUGUUUGGAGGGGGGAGUGAAGAUGACUUGGUUGGAUACAAAUGCUUCUGUACAUUGUGAAAGUGGUUUUCACCGAGGAAAAGACUUUAAGAUGACAGGAAAUAGAUUUAAACAUGGAUGAAUGUUUUUUUAGAACUUUUCGAGUGGAAGAAACACUCUAGGGGAAUAGAAUACAUAUAAAUGUUGUAGUGGUAGAUUUUUCAAUUUUAAUUUUUCCAUUGUAGGAGUAAUUUAUCAUCACUUUUUUAUAUGCUUCUAGAUUAGGUUAUUGUAAAUACACCUAUGGGCUGUAAAUAAAGUAUUUUCUAUGCAACAAA